CGUUAUUCAACUUUUACCUCUCCUUAUCUAUUGCCAAUGGCCCAGGUUCCCAUUUUCAAGCUUGCUCUAAUCGGUGAUGGCGGCUGUGGGAAGACCACCCUCAUUAGGCGUCUUAUCUCUGAGGAAUUCGAGAGGAAACACGUCGCUACCACCGGUGUCGAGGUCCACCCCUUGAAGUUCACCACCAACAAGGGUGAGAUCAUUUUCAACACUUGGGAUACUCCUGGUCAAGGGAGUUGCUACACCGAGAGCCAGUGUGCUAUUAUCAUGUUCGACAUCACAUCGCGUAUCACCUAUAAUAGCGCGUCCAAGUGGUACCACGAUCUUGUCCGUGUCUGCGGGAACAUCCCCAUUGUUCUGUGCGGUAACAAGGUCGAUAUCAAGGAGCGGAAGGUUAAGGCCAAGACCAUCGCCUUCCACAGGAAGAACCUACAGUACUACGAUGUCUCGGCCAAGUCCUUCCUGUGGCUUGCUCGAAGGCUCCUCAACGACGACAGCCUGGAGUUCGUCCAGGCCCCAGCCCUGGCUCUGCCUGAGACUCAGAUUGACACCAGCCUGUUGCAGGCAUAUCAGUGCAGAUAUUGCUGCAGCAGGCAGCUCUGCCUCUUCCUGAAGAAGACGAGGACCUCUGAACCACCUACACACUCCUGCCUUAGCCUCGCUUUUGCUAGAGCAGUACCUAUGUUUGGACAAGAAGUCUGA